AUGGCGUGGCUGGCGGGCGGGCUGGCGGAGUUGCGCUGGUGCGCACUGGUCGCCCUCUUCGUGGCGGCGCUGGCCACCCUGGCCGUCUACCUGGUGCAAUAUGCCCUGCUGGCCCUGCGGCGGAACCGGCAGCCGCCUCGGCCGCUGCCGCCACCGCCGCCGCAGCGGGACGAGCUGCUGGAGGAGAGUGACUCGGUGCUAGCGUGGGCGCUGUCGCUGGGCAGCUGGCGGCGACAGUGGCGACGGGCCUGGGUGGCGGCGCUCAACGCCGAGGCGGCGGCGCGGGCGGAUUCACAGUUGCUUACAUUUGAGGAAGACGACCCGCCAGAAUCACUUGAACUAGCAGUUAAACAAGUUAUUAGUGUUGUAAAGUCAGCUCAAGAGAAGGUCGUUUCCUGCAAUGUUGUGGGAGAUUCUGUUAAAUUUGUUGUCACUGUCUCUUCACCCCCAGCUGCAGAGGGCCAGUCAUACAGCGUGAAACUGUCUCCAGUUCAUUUGCAGCUUCAGCUCUGCAUGAAAGACAAGGGAGAAGAUGUCAAAGUUGAGUGGUUCCUCAUUAAUGCCAAUGAAACCAACUUUGAAAUCCAGCCAACGGCGCAGGAGGGACAGAGAGCAGGGACAUGCACAAUAUCUGAAACACUUAGAGAUGUUUUGAAGAACCUCUUUAGUUCAGUUUCUCCAUCUGUAGUGUUGAGUACGAGACCUACAGAUAUAAAGGAAGUUCAGAAUGUACAGAACAUAAACCUUCUCCCUCAGGGCACUAGUCCGCCUAAACCUCCAAGGGCUCAUGAACUCAAAUUGCUGGUGAAGAACAUCGCGGUAAACCUAACUGAUCACAGUGCUGCAGGCAGCACAAACCUCGUGUGUAUAGUUCAGUUGAAUGACCCUAUGCAGAAGUUUUCCAGCUCUGUAGCCAAAAAUGCUGUAAAUCCCUUUUGGAAGGAAGAGUUUAUCUUUGAACUAAGUGCCAAAUCAAAAGCAUUGCAACUGCAAAUAGUAGAAGAUGGAAAGUUGGAUAAUCCUUUGUCUGCAAAGGCGACCGUACCUCUAGACUUGUUCAGGAAACAACCUUCUGGCCAGCAAAGCUUUGCACUGAACAGCUCCAGUGAAAGCAGCCCAGAGCCAGGGCCUGGGCUGGGAUCCAUUAGUGCAGAGUUCUCUUUUAUAGAACCCAGUGAAUUAAAACCAUGGCAAGUCUCUUCUGCAGUGCCAGCCACCAAAAUAGAAAAGGAUCGCACUGUGAUGCCUUGUGGGACUGUGGUCACUACUGUAACUGCUGUGAAAACCAAACCUCGUCUGGAAGGGAGGUCAUCUCCACUGAGCACAGAUUCUCCUGUGAAGACUCCAGUUAAAGUAAAGGUGAUUGAAAAGGACGUCUCUGUUCAAGCUAUCCAUUCUCAUGGUGCUCCAGUCAGCAAAACUUUAUCAUCUUCAGAUACAGAACUGCUGGUACUGAAUGGCACUGAUCCUGUUGCAGAAGCAGCCAUUCGGCAGCUAAGUGAGUCUGCAAAGCAGAAGCUGAAGUCUCCUAGGAAGAAAAGCACCAUUAUCAUAUCAGGGGUGUCCAAGACCUCUUUAUCUCAGGACACUGAAGCUGCUCUGAUGAUGGACUAUGCUGCAGCCAUGGACAACUCCUGCAAAGUAGAUCCACCAACCAUGGAGAAAUCUGUUGCAAAAGUAACCUCUGAUGAAGAGCUAUCAUUAGGUACUUCAGAAAUAGUACCUGAUAGUGACCCACAGCAAACUGCCCAUAAGGCCUGGAAUUUGGAGAAUGGCAGCCAACAGUGGGAUACCAACACGCUCUUAGACCAGACCUGUGAUGAAAUAUCUUGCAGCUCAUUAAGUGUUUCAGAAACUGGGAGCAUGAAAAAAUCUAAAGGUGGGAUUUUGAGAAAAAGCGCGAAGCUCUUUUUCCGCCGGCGGCAUCAUCAGAAAGACCCAGGCAUGAGUCAGUCCCACAACGAUCUUGUCUACUUGCAGCAGCCACUGUCAGAAGAAACACGCAAGAAGGGAGGCACGCUCUCACGUAUUCUGAGCAGGAAGCUCCUUUCCAAACACAAAAGCAAGAGCAAACUGAAUGGUGCUUCGACAGAGCCCUACCUAUAAUACAGAACGCUCUCUGAUGGGACACUUGCACAUCAGUUGACCAUUUGUUUACAGAGCAGUAGUAGAGAAUGCAGAUAUGGCUGAUGACGUGCAUAAAAUGAUAUUCACUUAAUACAGUGGUCCAGGAAUAAACAGAAAGCUUAGGGUUUCUUGUUUAUUUUUCCAGAACGCCUUUUCUCUCUGAUUAUAAAGUUGCUCCUCCAAAUACAAGCAAUGCUACUUGUAUCAUGACAGCUUUUGAAGGAUCAUGUGGUGUAUUGUAGAAGAUGAGAGAGGAUGGGGAAUGGUGCAGGUGGGAGGACCUGCAUAUAGGCACCUGGUUUACAUUAAAGGGGAGCUAAGAGCUGAAAGAUCAUACUUGCUAUAUGACUGAACCACUAUAAGGAGAGAAGAUACCACUGUGCUUCCUUACUGCAGGCUGGAAUAGUAGCAACACAAACUCUCGACUUGUUUUUCUAAAGAGGCUGAAAGGGAAAAGAGGCCCAGAUCCAGUUUGUAUUGUAAUUUGGAAACGGGUAAGUCUUCAGAAGGAGAACUAAAAUGCUGAUUAAGAUAGCCUAAUGUAAUAACUGUAGCCUGCUGAAAUAACUGCUCAAUCCAUGUAGGUGGAGAGAUGCCUUUCAUAUUAGCCAUAAAUCAAUAAAUUAUGCAAAUGUGUGUACUAGCAUAUUGUUUAAUGUUCUGUGCAUAAGUUAUGCUUAAAGAGACAUAACAUUUUUUGAAGUUCAUCUGUGUCUACUUGCAAACAAAACAUUUAUAAAUUCUUACAUGUAGAUUUUCUUCCCUGUGUAAAAAGCUGUGUUGCUAAUGCAAAAACCCUUCUUAGGGGCUCUAAUUUCUUUUCCCAAGUACUUGUUAGACAAGUAUAUCAUCCAUCAUAUCAAAUGCGAGUCUAGGAGCAAUAAGCGAUGAAUAGACCAUAUUUAAUCCUAUAAUGCUUUUCAUUAGCUUGUUUUACUUGCCAAACACUUACUGAGAUCUUACAAAAGACAGUCGUGAAAAAAAUACUUUUUUAAAAAUAAUACCAAUUUCCUUAGUUGUCUUUCAGUUUCUAGGUCUACCAAUGUCGUCAUAUGGUGAGUGUUUGGGUAAGCUUUUUAAACUUUUUCCCUCAUUAAAUAUUGCAUCUGGUCCCUUUAAAUUAAAAGGAAAAAAAUGAUGGAAGUAGUAAAGGCAUAAUUUUUGGUUUGGCUAUUAAGAAGUGUAAAAUGUCAAUCAGUAUUUCACAGGUACCAUACUUUGUGCAUACCUGUACUUUUCCACCAUCUGCAUUCCUACAGAGAACAAAGAACCAAGCCUGUUCUCUUUAGCCAAGAAAAACAUCCAUUCCCUCUAAAUUACUGAUGUGAAUGGGUGAUAGAUUUGUGCCUGCUUUGCCAACAGUGAUUUCCCACCCCAUUCCUCCCCUUAGUACACACAACACUUUGGCAGAUACUUGGGCUUUCAGCUUAAACCAUCCUUCAAAAACAAAAAGUCACUGAAAAACAGAAACACAAAACUUCUGAUGGACUCUAGAUUCUCCUUGGUAAAUAUUUUUACAAGGAGUAUAAACGUAGAGGGGGUAUGGUUUCUGUCAAAAUCUUUUAACUGAGCCUACUGUUUAAAAACACUGUUUAUGUGUAACCUUCUGAAACCACUGUGGUAGUACAACAGUCCAGACUAUCAAACAGUUGUAUGUUUAAGCAUGCUGCUUAUUAUAAACCAUUUGAAGGCAUUUUAAUAUUCUGCAUUUUGAGAACUGAUUACAAAUGAGUCUUACAGAGCUGUAACAUGCUUAGAAAUCCCAGUUCAGUAAUACAGAUUUGUUCAGCUUGGAUGUACUUUGAACACUUUCAUUUAUUAUUUGUUUAAUACAAAGUUGAAGUGAAGUUUCCCCGUUUAUUCUAGAGUAGUUUAUGGUAUGAGCAUUUAAAAAAAAUGAUGCUAUGUUCUCUCAACAUAAAUUUUUUCCCUUGGCUCUACUAGGAGCUCUUUGCAUGGCAGGGCAAGGUGAGGGAUCAAAUCCCUGCCAUGCUUUAAAUGCUCAGCCUUGUUUGCUAAAUAAAAAAAAAAAUGACAAUGGAUCAUUAAAUUCAAGAAAUUAACAUGAGACUGAGCUCCCUGGGUAGCACCCCCUUACACUGAAAGCUAAGUACUGUGGGAUUGGGGAAUGUAGUAAGGGAAGCAUGUAACACUACUUGAAGUUUGCUUAAAUUACUGAACUGGGAUUUUAAUUUAUAGAACCUUUGUUGUGUACUGUAGAAGGGAGUGGAAAUAACACUGAAUAACUUGCAGAAUACAGGAGUAGAGUUUGCUUGUAACUUACCUUCAGAUACACACUGAAGAACUGGUGUUUUGGUUCUCCUUUCUUAAGUUCUUGGUGAUGGCCUAAAUGUGUGUCUUGGUGAUGGGAACAAAGGACAUACUGUACUGCAAACUAUGUGAAAGUUUGAGCUGGCACCUGUUGAGA